AUGCAUUACAUUCUCGUGGCAGGCGGCGUCAUUUCCGGCGUUGGAAAGGGCAUCAUUGCCUCUUCCACCGGCUUGCUGCUUCAAACCCUCGGCUACCGCGUGAGCUGCAUCAAGGUACAGCCUCUUGGCCUCAUGGCCCCAGCUGAGCACGGCGAGUGCUUUGUCCUCUCUUCUGGCGGCGAGGUCGACCUAGAUCUAGGAAACUAUGAGCGGUACCUAUCUGUAACCUUGUCCGGUGAUAACAAUAUCACCUUGGGUAAGAUGCACAAGAGGGUUCAUGACCUCGAGCGCAAGGGGCACUACCUGGGCAAAACAGUACAGAUUGUUCCUCACUUAACAGACUGCAUCCAGGAAUGGAUUGAACGUGUAGCCAAGAUACCUGUUGAUGGCUCCGGGGAGGAGCCUGAUAUUUGCAUCAUCGAGCUUGGAGGAACGGUGGGCGACAUGGAAAGCGCACCCUUUCUUUACGCUCUAACGAAGUUACGCCAUGAAGUUGGUAGCAAAAACUUUUCCACCAUCAUGGUCAGUUAUGUUGCCACUGUUCAUGGAGAACAGAAGACCAAGCCCACUCAGCAUUGCGUCAAAGCUAUUCGUAGUGAGGGCUUGAUACCCGACGUGAUUGCCUGUCGUUGCGAAAAGCCACUCGAAGAGAGCACUAUUUCAAAGAUUUCGUUGCAUUGUCAGGUGGGAUUGGAUCAAGUCGUUGUCGUGAGAGAUAUGCCUACAAUCUACCAAGUCCCACAUCUCCUUCACGAACAGGGUUUAGUUCCGCUUCUGUUGUCUAAGAUGGACCUUCCUUCACCAUGCAAGUCUCUUGCGGCAAAAGGUGCUGCGAAAUGGGAGAGUUGGAUGAACCUAACCCUACCCAAGAGUCAGGCCGACUUGAAGAUAGCUCUAGUCGGCAAAUAUGUUCGCAAUCUCGAUGCUUACAUGAGUGUAGUAAAAGCGGUAUUAAGUACCUGCUACUGUUCAAUGGCGGUUACACCCUGGACAACCGGGAAAAUAAAUUUACGACUGACACGACAUGAUGUUAGACUCGAACACGCGGCUAUGCAUUAUCGAUACAAUCUCAAACUUCUCCUAAUCAACGCGGAGGACCUAGAGCCUGAGGCCGAAUCUCAGGACCCUGACACGUAUCGUUCCGCGUGGGACUCUCUUGCCUCUGCUUCAGGGCUAAUUAUCCCCGGAGGUUUUGGAAAACGAGGCGUUUUGGGCAUGAUGUUAGCAUCCCGGUGGGCAAGAGAACAGAAACGACCUUAUUUAGGAAUUUGCUUGGGCUUCCAAGUUGCUGUUAUGCAGUUCGCUAGAGACAUGUUGUCCAUGAAAGAGGCUGACUCGGAAGAAUUCCGCCCAGACUCAAGGGAACCAAUCAUUAUUCAUAUGCCUGAAGUGGAUAGGGAAAGGAUGGGGGCCACCAUGCGCCUUGGUCUCCAUGACACCGUUUUCCAACCAGGAAGCGAAGCGUCUAAAAUUCGUGCACUCUACGGCGGAAGUAAUAGGGCGCAUGAACGACACCGUCAUCGAUAUGAAGUCAACCCCCAAUAUGUAGAAAAGCUUCAAUCUAUGGGUUUACACUUUGUUGGCAAAGACACAACUGGCCAACGCAUGGAGAUAUUCGAGCUGCAGGAUCAUCCAUUCUUUAUUGGAACCCAAUUCCAUGCUGAAUAUCAGAGUCGGGUCCUUUCAGGCAGCCCACCUUAUCUCGGCUUUAUAGCAGCCAGUGCUGGCUGCUUAGACCAAGCACUCAAGGAACAGACAGCAAAGGGGCCAGAGUGA